AUGGACACAAUCUGGCUGUACCAAUUUCGUCUCAUUGUGAUCGGCGACUCCACGGUGGGCAAGUCGUGUUUGAUUCGCAGGUUCACCGAGGGCCACUUCGCCCACGUGUCAGAUCCCACCGUGGGGGUGGACUUUUUCUCGCGUUUGUUGGAGAUUGAGCCUGGCAAGAGGGUCAAGCUCCAGAUCUGGGACACUGCGGGACAGGAGAGGUUCAGGUCUAUCACCAGAGCCUACUACCGCAACUCAGUGGGUGGUCUUUUGCUCUUCGAUAUCACCAACCGCCGCUCGUUCCAGAACUUGCACAGCUGGCUGGAGGAAGCGCAGAGUCACGUCCAGCCGCACAGCAUCGUCUUCCUGCUGGUGGGCCACAAGUGCGACCUGGAAGCCCAGCGGCAGGUGAGCCGCCAGGAGGCCGAGAAGCUGGCGGCGGCCUUCGGGAUGAACUACGUGGAGACGUCGGCGCGAGACGCCAUCAACGUGGAAACGGCGUUCAUGGACCUGACGAGGCAAAUCUUUGAGCUGGUGCGCGGCGGCGACAUCAAGAUCCAGGACGGCUGGGAGGGCGUCAAGAGCGGACUGGUCCCCAACACGGUGCACUCGUCGGAGGAGGUCACCAAGGCGGGUCGCCAGUGCCUCUGCUGA